UUUACGCGCCCUACCCGCGCAGUUUUUUUUAUUUUAGAAUUGUAACUUAUUUUGCUUUUAGUUCUCGUGUUUGUGAUGUUGCGAUAUCGGCAUUAAUUAAACAAAAGCUGUAAGUCAAUUCAGUUUAGUUUUGCCAAGAUUUCAGCAUAAUUCUUAGGUAUUGUUUACAAUUUUACGGUAAUUAUUUGCAAUACAUGCACUACUAACAUCCUAAUUAUAAUUUGAAUUAUGGAUCCUCUACUUAUACCAAAAGUAGAAAAAGACACUGAUGAAGAUGUAAUCCUGGUAGAAUCUGAACAGAAUUCUAAACAUGUGAUGCCAAGACCUAUGGUAUUCAGUUCAUUAGACCCCCCACCCAAAGGGCACCCGGAGAGGAAGGUUAAAGUUGAACACAUUGGUGACUUCCAAACUCUUAUGAUAACUCAAAAAGUGGAUGUUCAACCUAAAUUUAAGUGCAUAAUUCACCUAAACACUAAUGUUUGUGAUAGGAAACAUAAGCACAGAAGGAAGCAAAAGAAGACAAGUAAACACACAGAUAAGAAAAAGCAGAAACCAGUGGUUAAACCACAAAAAAAAGAACCACAGGUUAUUGUAAAGGAAGAACCAAAGUUGACAGUUACAGAAAGAAUAGUCCCAGUUUGCUACAGAUCCCGUUAUUGCUGCAUGAAAGCACGGAAAUCUAACUGUACAACUAAAGUGGACCAAAAAAAUGGCAUUCAUGAAAAGGAAAAGAAAAUUAAAAUAAAAAAUAAAGCAUACAAGUCUGCAUGUCACAGGAAAUCCGAAAAGAGCAAGGACCGUAAUAAAACACAGAGAUAUGAGUCAGAGUUAUCUUUUUCCCUAUCUCCGAUAUCAAGUGAUACUGAUUAUGGUAACCUAUCUUAUGAUGAUGUUAGCCCUGGAAACCUCAACCUCAACUCCGAAGAUGAAAUGGACAUACUCAUACAAAAAACGAAAGAAUAACAUUUUCGUGUUUCAGAGGGAAAGACUCUUGAUACAGCAGGGACUAGGCAAAUGGUCUUACACGGAGCCUAUGGAGUCAUCAAAAUCACCUUCAUCUGCCAUGAAAACUUCCCGAGAGUACAGGAGGAAAUCAGAAGACAGUGACUCAUUAUACAGUUCAGAAAUGGAUGUUUCUAUCCACUCGUUGGCGACAGUGAUUCUUACGAGGGUUGACACCGAAGUCUACUCUCCUACUCAGGGUCCCGAAAACUUUUACUACCCGGAAACGACAGUGGCCGCUAACACACACACUGAAAUUUACUCACCUACCAUGGAUCCAGCUGAACUCUUCAAUCUGUGUUACGAAUAUGGAAGUACAAGAGAGACAAAAAACACAGGCAACUCAUAUGACUGUGAGGUCUAUUCACCGACAAUGGUUCCGUUUCAAUUUUGCCAACCCUGUAAUGUCUGCUGCGACGCAGAUACAAAGAAUAUGCUGGAAAAAGAUAUAGUAAAUGUGAAACGAGAACUGCUUACACCGCCGCUAAACACAGACAGCAGUUACAAUAAUGAUACUGGAUAUCAUAGGAGAAACAAUUUGAUAACUGUUAAAACAGAGCCUGAAAUAAAUCAAGUUAAAGUUGAAAAUUUGCAAAUAGGUAAGUUGUGAUUUGUCUUCUGAAUAAUAGUUUGAUGAUUGUAUUAAAUUGUGUGUCGUGAAUAUUUUUAUGGUAAUUGUGUUUAAAAUAUUUUAGAUAUUGAUGAUUCAAAGUCUAAUUAAUCAGCUUGUACAAGGGUCUUUGUAUUUUAGUUAUAUUUUUAUUUUUAUAGAUUUUUUAAAUGUUUAUGUUGUGCUCCCAGCUUGAGCAUAGUACUUUAGUUUUAAUUUCACGCAUUUGUGAACAUCUUUUU